UAUUUUCUAAAAAUAAUAAUAAUAAUAAUAAAAGGAAGAAUCAUUCCUAUGUUUGGGAGCCAAAAACCGUUUUUUUAGAAUCUGAAAUAAUAUUAUAAUUUAGAGAUUAAACGUCUCUGAUUUUGCCUCGGCCAUUAAAAGAUAAACUAAAACCCUGUUCAUGUGCAGCUGCCGAUCAAGAACAGAACCCAUCCAACCCCAUGAUUAUGGACUGACCUCCACCGGCACCUCAGGUGAACAAAAAUGGAUUUGAAACAUAAGGGUAUAUCAUGGGUUGGAAACAUGUUCCAAAAAUUUGAAGCAGUGUGCCAGGAAGUGGAUAAUAUUAUAAAUCAGGAUAAGGUUGAAUAUGUUGAAAAUCAGGUUAGUUCAGCAAGUGUUAAUGUGAAGAGAUUAUACUCUGAUGUUGUUCAAGGUUUACUUCCUCCCACAGAGGGUUCUGUGAAAUAUGAAGCUAAAGCAGUGGCUCCGAGGGGACGUGUUCCGAUUAAUACAUAUUUCAAGUCACUGUCAUACAAUGAAGAAAAAUCUGCAAAUAAUGUUGCUAAUAAAUCAUCUGUGGGGCAUGGUACUAUCAAUCAUCAAGCUUCUUGUAAAGUUCUCUUUGUAAAUGAAGAAGUUGCUCGAUUUCCUAAUCAUUCUUCUCUUCGGUUGAAUGCUGGUCUGCAUGAGAACAAAAAAGAAAACGCUGUUAAUGAACUACUUUCGGAGAAAAGCGAUGGCUCAUUGACUGAUAAGUUUGCCGUCAUGGAGUCGGAUGCUAUUGAUCCUUUGAGUCGAUCACUGAGAAAUGUAAGUCGUGAAGUUAAUGAUAUUAAUAAAAGUGGUUCUUCGGUUUGUGAUGACUCCGAUCUGCUAUUGGUGGAUAAUGUACUCUUAGUAGGGAACAACAAUGGGGCUUUGACAAAUAACGAUGCAAGUAAGAGUUCUAAAGAGGAUACGACCAUAGAGUUCAAUGCUAGUGAUCCGUUGAACCAUACGGCUAAUCAUAAAUCUUGUCAAGUUAAAGUUACAAAUGGAGAAGAAUUUUUUAUUUUGGAUAACUCUCAUCUGCCAAUGGAAUCUUCCAGACUCUCGUCGAAGAACGACGACGACUUGUCAAAUGAAAACACCGAUGAGUUUGUAAAGAAGGUUGGGAUCAUGGAACCUAACGCUGCUGAUCAUUUGAACGACAAACAUCUUAGUCAUGUAUGGAGCGGUACAAACUUCGUAAGUAAAGAAGCUGAUAAUUCUAAUAUGCUUUUGAAGUCCGAGGUACCUUCAAGCAGAAUCGAUCAUGCCUUGAUAGAUAAAGAUUUCAAUGAGAGUCCUGUAAAGGAUGCUAUCUUUGAGGAUGAUCUUGAAAGUUAUUUAUUGAAUCUUCCCAGUGAAGAAGCUAUGGUUUCUAAUGGAAACCAUCUGCAAAUGGAGCCUGAACUACUUGCUAUAAACAAUGAUGAUGCUUUGACAGAUGCAUACUCUAAUGAACGUUUACAAAAGGAUACCAUUUUGGAGAUGGAGUAUGAUGCAAGUUAUCCUUUAAAGAACCAGCCAAGACGUAUAUCAAGCAGCGUAAAAUAUAAAAAUGAAGAAGUUUCUUCAGUUUCAAUAGAUAAGGCAUCAGAUGCAAGUUGUAAAGAACAAGCCAAUUUAGAAUUAUCAACUGAGUUAACUUUGCACUGUGAUGAAGAGUCGAUUAAGGGCAAUUCGUGCAUUUAUGGUAAUGAGCGUGAGGGGGAUAUCGCGACCUUAACUGGAAAUCCACAGGAAACUUCGAUUCAUGGUGCUGAUGUUGAAUCCAUCCAUAAAGUAGGAGAACCUUCUAGCAUCUCGUCGAACAAUUUAGUUGACUUAUCCCCUAGGAUGGAGACACGUUUGAGGUACUUCGAAAAUGUUCCACAUGCUACUUCUUCUGAACUGGCUUCUGUAGUUUUAGCUAGUGGGGAAACUGUAAAAGAGACAAAGUCAGUCUCCUCUCUGAAACCGCUUCCGAAGGGUUCGUUAUCUGCUUCUAGAAGUUCGGUCAACCACUUUUCUAGUAGCACCGUUCAUGAAAAACCUGUUGAUAAGCGUGCAUACAUUGAGUGUAGAUCUCAUCCAUCUUUCGAAGUGGUCACUCAUGCAUCUAAUGGAAACAAGGCUUCGGAGACGAGAUUUAACUCCUCCGGAAGCUCCUUAUCAUCAUUUGAAUCACUUGGAACUCAUGCCAGUAGCCAGGUUGAGUUUUCCAAAUCUACUGGUUCUGGGAUUUUAAGUUUCUCUACUGAAGUAGGUUGUCCGUAUGAUUUGAGUGGCCAUAUUCUGGAUUUUGAAAUGGAAACAGUGGAUUUGGGACAUAAGGUGACCGUCGAAGACGAGUGUGGCGUUAUUGACUAUAAAGCUCUCCAUGCUGUCUCUCGCCGAACCCAAAAGCUCCGUUCUUACAAGAAGAGAAUCCAGGAUGCUUUUACUACCAAAAAGAGGUUGGCAAAGGAUUAUGAACAGCUAGCAAUCUGGUAUGGAGAUACUGAUCUGGACUCCAUUACAGACAGUUCACAGAAGUCGGACAAGAAGAACGCAUCCGAUUCCGAGUGGGAGCUCCUGUAAAUAAGACAGCUAAUUCACUUCGUCUCGGCAAUCAAACUUGUUUCCAGGUGGAGGAGAAUCUUACAUGCUGGAGAUGAAGAGGAAGCUCGUCUGUUAAUACCUACUCAAGAUUAAGGUUCAUCACUUUAUCUAUUGAAGUGCAUAAGUUACCUUGGAAAUUCCUAAAUAAACGAGUUGCAAGAAAUUUUGCACAUAUUUGCACUCUUUCUGGGCUAUGAACCUUUGAUACUUUAAUUAAUUUCAUAUCCUUGGUAAAUAAAGCUGUCUUGUUUUAUCUUUUU